CGAAGGGGCGCAGUGCAGGAGGCGCCGCCCGUCAAAAAAGACGGGCGGAAUUCGCGUAUUGGAACCAAACGGAGGCGCCGUUCGUAUCGCGACACACCGGGAAGUCCACAGUCCGCAGUCAACCGGGAAACGAGGGAAACGGGCGUUUGGCAACCAAAAGACGCAGUUCCUUUUCCACAAAUUUAGGGUUGUGUCGCGCGCCUUCGGAGGUGCAGCUCCGAAUUCGAGGGUGUUUCGUGUGAACCCCAAAGCCGACCACGCGCGGCAGAAACAGCACUCGUAACGCCACCGAGAGAAUGGUCGCCGCCGCGACGAUGGCUGCGGACGUGCUCGCGCAUUUACCUCCGCGAAAACGCCUGAAGGCGACUGCCCAGAUUCCGUCAACGUCAACGAGCGAUCUUCCUCCGCCGGUGAGCCUGCUGGCGCUGGGCGCGCAGCGGCUCAAACACGCGCAGGAGAAGGACAUGAUAACCGACGAUCACGGUCGACCGGCCGGCCCGAAGAUGAACCCGAUGUCCCCGACGACGCUCAUGCGGGUGGCCGGCUCGUUUGACAACGAAGCGACGGUUCCGAGCGAAUCCGCCGGCACCGUCGCGGCUGACGCCAAGGCUAAGGCGCUGGCCAAGGGCGAACGCGCGGUCGCCGCGCGUCAACUGGCGAACGAGAAGGCGCGCGCCGCUAAGGACGCCGCCCGCGUCGCGGAGGAACUCGCCGAUCUGGCGCGAGAGGCGAAGAAGAAGGCGGAGGAGCUGCUCGGGUCGAGAAAGACGGAGGAGCUGCUCGGGUCGAGGCAGACGGCCGGCGGCGCCGCGAGCAAAACCCCUCCGGCGGCGCCGAAACCGAUCAGGGUGAAGCCGAAACCGCGGUCGCCGAAACCGCCGAAGCCGCUGACGGACGAGGAGAUGGCGAUGCGGCUGCACAUGGAGAUGAACGCCUCGCCGAGGUUCGGGAGGGAGCGGCGCGGGCGCGGGGGUUUGGAGGAGGCGAGGAAGGACACUUCGCCGGUGCGGAUCCCGGCGCCGCCCGCGUGAUGACGUGAUGACGUGUUGUUGUUGUUGUUGUUGUUGUUGUUGUUGUAUUGGGUACAAGGAAAUGUAUU